AUGGCGACAGUCAAAUCUUGGAUCGGGAGAGCGAUUGUAGUGUAUCUCUUGGCUGGGCUUGCGAUUGCUACAGCGCCUUCGUUGAAACAACUGAGCCAACAGCUCUCAAAACAGGCGGAGGUAUACCUUCCGGGAUCAGAAGGCUUUGCAAAUGCGACUUUACGCUGGAAUGCUGCGGCUCUACCACAUUUGGAUAUCAUUGUCAAGGUCGAAACCGAGAGAGAUGUCGAGCGCACGAUACGAUAUGCAAACGCACAUAAAAGACCAUUUUUGGCCAUCUCUGGAGGUCACGGUCAGACUCAGACUUUGAAGAACGUCAAGAGCGGAAUAGGAAUCUGGAUGCGUGGAAUGAAUGAUUUAAAAGUUGUCGAUAGAGGUAGGGCAGCAGUCGUGGGUGGUGGCAUCGAAAAUGGAGAGGUCAUCCGACGAUUAUGGGCCGAAGGCAAACAAACAAGCACCCCUGUGUGCGAUUGUCCUGGAUUCAUUGCUCCCGUCCUUGGUGGCGGCCAUGGUUGGCUCCAGGGAAGGUAUGGGCUGCCUGCCGACCAGUUGAUAUCUGCACGAUUGGUUCUCGCAAAUGGGUCUGCCAUCAGUGUGUCUGCCUCAGAGCAUAAAGAUCUAUUCUGGGCCCUUCGAGGCGCGGGUCACAACUUCGGCAUAGUGACCGAGUUGAAGAUCAAGAUUUACGACAGAACACCCGAGCAAGACCUUUGGAAUGGCACUGGGUUCACCUUUACAAGUGACAAGAUCCAGAGUGUUUUUGCUGUAGUGAAUGGAUGGAUAGACGAGCCCAACCGACCUAUAGAGCUCACGCACUAUGGAGCAUUCAUCUUUAACCCACAGAUCGAUCCUGUAAAGGCGGUGUUCCUACUUUGGAUCUUCUACCAAGGGACCUCCAUCCCAGAAGCCUACACCAGCCCACUGUACAAACUCGGCCCAGCCAGCGUCACGUCUAAGAUCACCGACCUAACCGAACUGAAUACGCACACAGCUGGUGCAUAUGGCAUGCCCGCUUGUGCGAAAGGCGGCUCCCGCCACAUGUACCCAGUCUCCCUCAACAGAUACCCUCUCGAGAACCUCGAGUACGCCCUAGACAUCUUCUCCAGUCUACCUCCCGCGUACCACGGCUCUUUCGUCUUGCUGGAAGGCUACACCACCCACCGCGUGAAACAGAUUCCGGCCGAAAGCACUGCCUUCGCCGACCGGAACAGCGAGAUACUGGUAGACAUCAUCAUCCUUUACGAAGCCAAUUCGACACUCGAUAGCACCGCUUAUGAGUACGGUGAGAAGCUUCGCGAGGCGAUUUGGCAAGGGUCAGGAUAUCCGUAUUACGCCUAUGUUAACUACGUUCACGGAGAUGAAACUUUGGAAUCUAUUUAUGGAUAUGAGCCUUGGAGGCUGCAGAAACUGAGGAAGUUGAAGAAGCAGUAUGAUCCAUUUGGAAGGUUUAACUUUUAUUCGCCGAUCUCUUGA